GGAGAACUUCCACUAAAAUCGGCAAAGAAAAAUGUACUUCUCGACUCAAAACGUAUUCCUUGGUUUCGUCUCUUUGGCACUGCUCCAGACCAUGAGCUGUCACACGCUUCCUCGCGAAAAAAGACAAAUCAUGGGCCCGAUGGAGAUGGGCGCGAAUGAUGGCGAACGUGCGGCAAUACCCGGCCUGAGUGAAAUACAAACGGCCAUCCAGUUGGCACAGUUUCUAAUAUCUGUCGGGCAGCAAGUGGUUCCGGUGAUUCUGGAAAAUUUGACUCCACCCAGCACAAUCAACCGGUUGAAUGAGGUACAGCUGGUUGAGGCGGUUAAGCGAAACGUGGAAUCGUUGGGUGCACAUCGUGGGUCCUAAUCUUCGUCCAUUUAUAUGAACCUUUGCUGGAAGUUAGAGAUUGUAAUUACAUUUUUGCCAAAAAUAUAUAUACUUUGUUAUGGGUUUUUA